GUUAGUGGAUAUAGAAAAAUGACGACAGGUUCUCUAGACUCGCUUAGAUCAAUUAUUCAAUCACAAAGAACAAUGUAGGUAAAAACGUGCUUUGUAUUUACUUCGAAAAUCAUAAGCAAAAGAACARUGGACCCAGGGAACAAAUCGAAAACUUGAUCAAUGGAAAAUUACAUACUAUGACAAAAGCCUUUUAAUCUCUACUAUUCGGAGGCAAUUUCAAAUAAUCUCAGUUGAGCUCCUCAAGUGAAUAGUCAUGAACUCUUCAGAAAUGGUUUCCAGCAACCCAACCAUCGUUAUUGCUGAUUCCAAAAAAGGAGAUUUGGUUACAAAGAAAUCAAAGUGUCUUCCCAUCAUGGGAACUGUCCUCAAACUAUUCGUCUUGUCGCUGAUGGUCUUUACUGCGCUGUUUGUAAUUCGCGUCAACCGUCCAAAGUAUGAUUCUGUACUGAGAUUCCGAAGUCUUUUAGCGCCACCACCUCGUGAUGAUGCACURUAUGAUUACGAUAUGGAUGAGGAGCACGAUGCAACAGACGAGCCUCCCCCUGCCGCGUGGGGUCCAUGGGGCAAGUGGAGUCGAUGCAGUAGCGGUAAAUACUGCGCUGAAGGAAGUCAGUUUCGCAAACGAAAAUGUGUCACGUCGAAUAACAAUGGUUUCUGUACGGGAAUAUCGAUGGAGUCUAGAGAUUGUCCUGGAUCCUCGUGUUCCCGCGAUAACCAUCGCACACCUGGUCUAGCUGACGAGUCUCCUGCUCCAGAAACAUCMUUCAUUGGUCAAGAGUGUAACUCAUCAACCAAAUAUUUCGCUCGAGGUAAAGAGGCAGACAAAAUUCCAGAGGAAGUCUUUCAUUUAUUUCCCGCUGCUAAAAGACUUUUCACUAGUGGAUUCUUCGCUGUUCAAGAAAUCCCUAAAGUUCUUCCUAGAGAAGAUAACAUUACAAAGAUAUGCUUUGAGCCUCUUGGUCUAUGGAACAUACGGUCKAUAAGGAAAGCACUACAUUUGAAUCGAUACACUAAAGCAUCGAUCAAGAAUUUGAACUCUAAGCACUUAUUGGGUAUUGCAAUAGGCUUGAAACUCGACGGAACACUAUAUGCAGUGCAAUUAGCCAUCGGGACACCCGGGGCAAUGUACAGUACCCUGUACUACCGGAGAUUUCGAGGACGAAGCUUCCAUGAAGACUAUGUGACAUACUAGUGGUAUAGGGAGGAGCUUUUACCCUUUCUCGAGUAGGUUCACCCAGAGCAUGUUUUAAUGCCCUGUACUACCGGAGAAUUGAGACGAGGACUGUCAUUUAUAAGUAGGGCAUGAACUUACACCGAUAGUUAUAAAGCACCCUGGACUACCGGGGAUUCAAAGGGAAACUUUCAUGAAGAUAGCGUGGCUUGUACUGACGAAUCAAUGAGUUCAAUUGGAACAUGAACUUACACUGAUCGUUAUAAAGCACCCUGGACUACCGGGGAUUCAAAGGGAAACUUUCAUGAAGAUAGCGUGGCUUGUACUGACGAAUCAAUGAGUUCAAUUGGCCUAUCAAUCUUGCCCCACUCUCCCUAUACCUUUCCCUUUGUUUUGGUUCAGGAAGGGCUUAGGACGAGGUUGGUGCCCUGUUAGUUACAGAGGAAGUAUGCAACACUAGUCAUUGUAAACCAGGUUUUUGAUAUUGGAUACCUAAUGAUAGUAAAUAAUAUGGGUUUUGGGAAGAGGGAGGCCGACUACUGAUUUAAAUACCUUUUAUAAUACUUUGGUAGCUUGUUUAUUAAUAAACGUUUGURAUAAA